AUGCGGUCCCGCUUACGGCGCUGCGUGGUUUUGGCGGCUACGCUCCUCCUUUUGCUUUCGGCUUUGCUUGGGGAGGCGCGGAUUAUUGUGGGCGAUGGCUCAAAUGCUUCGACGACGGAGGAGGGUGGGGCGAAAACGAAGUGGGGCUGUGUUGUGUGCACCUUCGUUGCUGGGCUGGUGUCACAGCUCAAGCAGUUGCAUGGAGUUUCUGCGGGGGAGGCGCUCAAAAUGUUUUGUGGUUUUUUUUCUCUUGGGGAGGCCAUUUUGUGUCGGCUCGCCAGUCUUAUCCUGUUUCACGGCGCCUUGCCUCUCAUCGAUGCUAACAAGACCGCUGACGUGGUGUGCCAGGCCUUGGCGUAUUGCGCGGACGCGAGGUGCCAUCUUUUUCCCCCCGGCCACGACACGGCGUCGGUGAGCGCCUUGCGGCGAAGGUACCGCCUCGAGCAUGUCACGCCAGUACGUGUGUGUGCCGUCUUCCCGGAGGUGUGUCCGGUGAAGAGUGACCUGCGCCCCGCACACGACGCCGACGGGGAUCUCUUCUCCACUCAGCGCGCCAAACGCGGGGGCGAUUGGCGGGGCCGCGACUGCGAUGACAAGGACCCCGCGGUGUACCCCGGCCGCAACACCCUGGACGCUGUCAGGGACGAGAACUGCAAUGGUGUUUUUGGAGUGGACGGCGCCACAGGAAAAACGUACGAGGAAUUGUGGUGCCGCAACUCCUCGCCAAUGGGCGUGAUUGCGCUGGGGGACAGCGUCACGGCGCACUUUGGUAUCCCAAGCGGUUUUGUGACGAUCCAGGAACUAUCGCGUGCCGCCUUGGCGAAUAUUACCCGCGUCAUCGAUAAUGAGUUCGAUUGGCCGAUGCUUUCGGCCAUCACUGGUUUUGCCCCUGCGUCGGAUUACAAACCGAAUCGCGAGGGUCCCAUGAGGUCCGUGUACAGCGAGUUGGUGAAAAGAAAUAAAUGUAACCAUCGAGACUACCAGAAUCUCGGCGUGAACGGUGCCUCAACCGCACGGCUCAUUGAAAUGAUGGAUUUUGUCGCGCGAAACCGAACUAAUUCUGUCAAGCCGGUGUUUGUGUUUUUCUCGAUGAUUGGGAAUGACGUGUGCGAUCGUCCUCCCGGCGCCACCACGCCCGCAGCGUAUUACGCGCACCUAACCACUGCCCUGGAAAAGGCUGAGGCUCUACUGCCAGCUGGAAGUCAUGUUUUGAUAUCUCCUGUCGCGGAUGGACGUGUUUUGUACGACGAAAUGCACAAUCGCACACAUCCAAUAGGGAGCCUUCAUCAGGAUGUAACGUACGCCAAUUUUUAUGAUUUCUUGAAUUGCGUUGAAGUUUCCCCUUGUUGGGGUUGGCUUAAUACCAACGAAACAGUCCGUAAUGCCACCUGGAAGGCGGCUCAGUUGCUGAACGCGCAAAUACCUCGCAUUCUAAACGAAUCCGCGGCAAAAUUCAAAAACAUCCAGGUUCAUGCUUUUGAUGAUGUUAUUGCGGGUACGCUUCGUGCGUUUAACGGGCCCCGCUGGAAACUCAUUGAGCCCGUUGAUGGUUUUCAUCCCUCGCAACUCGGUAGUGCGCUUUUGGGUGAAUACUUGUUCAAUAAAACUGUCGACCUGGGCAUUGUGCCGCCAGUUAACCCAUUUAACAACGAUAUCAGCGAACGUUUUGGUGAUCAAGGGGGCUAUUGA